AUGACUAAAUUACAAUAUCUGAAUGUGUAUCUAACUGAGCGUUUGAUGCAAGCUGCCGAGGAGAUACUUAGAGUGGUCGGAGACACAAUCUCCGAGUACCAGGAAGAAAUAGCCCGGACGAAGAGAGAAAACCAGUACCUGAAACGACACUUGAUUUCACCGGUCCUACAGGGUAUGUAGCUAGCUAGACUUUACACGAAUUAUCUAUAUGGUUAGAGAGACGGUGAAUCCCCCCCACCCACCCCCAGCCCUCGCCCCUACCAACUCUCUCGGAGGGCCCUGGUCAUGGCUAGAAGGAAUCCAGCUUUUGUCAAAUUAACGUCAAAAGUAGAUAUAUUUUUUUGCAUUUGAGCUUACCCUAACCAUUUUCCUAACCUUAACCUAAUUAUCCUAACCUGCUGCGUAAAUUCUCCAAACCUGCUACGAAAAGUCAAAUCUGACAUUAAUUUGACAAAAGCUGGACCUCUUCUAGCCAUGACCAAGGGCCCUCCGUUCUGUGUGGUGCAUACGUUGGAUUUAUUGAACAUAUGCAUGAAAUUGUAUGUGUAGACAGCUUGACAGAAAUGGUAGCAGAAGGUGAAUGUUGAACUUUAGUGUUGCUCACAUAUCCAGAUGAGAUGCUGCAUACCAUUUUGCGCAAUGAUGGUGUAGGUGUAAGGCACACUUUACGCCUAGAUCCGACUGACAGCGUGAUUGCAUUUUGGUACACCAGAGGUACAUUCAUUUCCAAUGGAACUCUGUGUUUGCUUGCAGCAUUGCGUUACAGAGGCAGUUGCAGUGCGUUCUGUGUGGUGCAUACAGAUUUAUCCAACGUAUGCAAAAUUGUAUGUGUAGACUUUUCAGAAUUAGUAGUAAAAGGUGAAUGUUGAACUUUUGUUAAACACAUCCACUAAAAUGUUGGGUUACAUAAUGAAAAAUGUUUGCAGAACUUAUUGCAGUAUUGUUGCAAUGACGCUGUCGGUAUGGAUCACACCUACAGAGUCAUUGCGCAAAAUGGUACGCAGCAUCAUCUGGAUAUAUGAGCAACACAAGUUCAACAUUCACCUUCUGCUACCAUUUCUGUCAAGCCGUCUACGCAUACAAUUGAUGCAUUUGUUAGAUAAAUCCAACAUAUGCACCACACAGAAUGCAUUGCAACUGCCUCUGCAACGCAAACGCAGUGUUCUAUUGGAAAUGAAUGUACUUCUGGUGUACCAAAACGCAAUGUCGGUAUGAUGGAAGCCUAGGUAGCAGCUAGUGGGCGCUAGAUCUCCACUAGGCUUGGCACGCCUCUCAAUUCUUGUGUGAAAUUGCGCAAAUUCAAAAAUAAUGCGAUGCAUUGUGGGAUUCCACUUCGCUCUGAAGCCGCUAGCGUUGCUGGGUUGGUCAAAGUGGUUUAUCGGCGAGUCUAAUUUGCCCCUACACCCUCCAUAAUUUUCACACCCUCAGCUUUAGGACACUUGUGCAUAUGGCGGAGGUGUGCGUGAAUGCGCAAAUAGAGGGGUGAUGGGAAGGGGGGAUUUGGGAUUCAGACAGAGACAUAUAUAUUCUAUUCCCAGAUCAAGCUAGCUAACGCAAUGGUGGUCUUGUCAAUCAAGCGUCAACAGCUGUCAUUACUUUCAUUGACGUCAUUUAUUGUCUUCUUUCCCCCAGCUCCUCAGCCCAUUCUCUCUUGUGUCUCGGAGCAGCAAACUCCCCCUGAGCAACAUCACUGUGAGCAGGAGUGGAGCCCCAGUCUGGGGCAGAGGGACCCAGAGCCCACACAGAUUAAACAGGAACAGGGUGAACUCAGGACCCGUCAGGAGGAAGAGCAGAUUCAAGGGCCGGAGGCUGAUACCAAAGAAGACUCCAUAACCAUUCCUCCCUGUGUGAAAAGUGACUGUGAUCAGGAGCCACCUCAGCCCACACAUCUUCCCCAAACUGUGGAGAACAGAGAGAGGGACUCUCUACUGACUAACACAACUGGACAGAUCAAAACAGAACCUGAUGGAGAGGGCUAUGGAGUAUCACUAUCAGAACCAACCAGUGACUUCCCUCAGUCUCAGUCCCUCUCUGAAAUAAAUCCAGACUGUUCUAGAAAACAGAGUGAGAACACUGGAAUUGUUCCAAGAGAUCUAGAAAGGAGACCAGAGGAGGACACACAGACACACUCAUGUACUCAGUGUGGUGCCGUGUUCUGUGAGCUAUCCCAACUGGAGGCACACAUGCUAGCCCACACAGUACCACACAGU